UUGGGGAGCCCUGGGCUCGGCGCCGCCGGAGGGGCCCGAGCUGCGCCGCGCCGCCCCCGCGCCGUCCCUGCUUCCCGCCGGGCCACGCCCUGUCAAACUUUGUUGCUGCGGCCGCCGCGGCGGCCAGCGGAGCGGGCGGGCGAGCGGGAGGGAGGGGCGCCGGGCCGGGCCGCGCCGGGCGGCCAGGGGCUCGGAGAGCGGCGGCCCCGGCCCGCGGCCCCACCAUGCCCCAGCUCGGCGGCGGCGGCGGCGGGGGAGGCGGCGGCGGCGCGGGCGCCGGGGCGGCCGGUGGAGGGGACGACCUCGGGGCGAACGACGAGCUGAUCCCCUUCCAGGACGAGGGGGGCGAGGAGCAGGAGCCGAGUAGCGACAGCGCCUCGGCGCAGCGGGACCUGGACGAGGUCAAGUCGUCCCUGGUCAAUGAGUCGGAGAACCAGAGCAGCAGCUCGGACUCGGAGGCGGAGAGGCGCCCGCAGCCCGCCCGGGACGCUUUCCAGAAGCCGCGGGACUAUUUCGCCGAAGUGAGAAGGCCCCAGGACGGCGCGUUCUUUAAGGGCCCCCCGUACCCUGGGUACCCGUUUCUGAUGAUCCCGGACCUGAGCAGCCCGUACCUCUCCAACGGACCCCUGUCUCCGGGAGGAGCGCGCACGUACCUGCAGAUGAAAUGGCCCCUCCUCGACGUCCCUGCCAGUGCCACAGUCAAGGACACCAGGUCACCGUCCCCAGCACACUUGUCUAAUAAAGUUCCCGUUGUUCAGCACCCACAUCACAUGCACCCGUUGACGCCCCUCAUCACCUACAGCAAUGACCACUUCUCCCCCGGCUCCCCUCCCACCCACCUCUCCCCAGAGAUCGAUCCAAAGACAGGUAUCCCCCGGCCCCCUCACCCAUCUGAGCUGUCUCCAUAUUACCCACUAUCUCCCGGAGCUGUCGGACAAAUCCCCCAUCCCCUCGGCUGGCUCGUCCCACAGCAAGGACAGCCCAUGUACUCCCUUCCUCCUGGCGGCUUCCGGCACCCCUACCCUGCCCUCGCCAUGAACGCCUCCAUGCCCAGCCUGGUUUCCAGUCGCUUCUCCCCUCACAUGGUGGCUCCCGCCCAUCCUGGUCUGCCCACCUCAGGGAUCCCCCACCCCGCCAUCGUCUCCCCCAUUGUCAAGCAGGAGCCGGCACCCCCCAGCCUGAGCCCAGCCGUGAGCGCGAAAUCACCAGUCACAGUGAAAAAGGAGGAAGAAAAGAAACCCCACGUGAAGAAGCCCCUUAAUGCCUUCAUGUUAUAUAUGAAGGAGAUGCGGGCCAAGGUGGUGGCUGAGUGCACCCUGAAGGAGAGCGCAGCCAUUAACCAAAUCCUGGGAAGAAAGUGGCACAACCUGUCCCGAGAAGAGCAGGCCAAGUAUUACGAACUGGCCCGGAAGGAGCGGCAGCUUCACUCCCAGCUCUACCCGACUUGGUCAGCCCGGGACAACUACGGUAAGAAAAAGAAGAGGAAGAGAGAAAAGCAGCUGUCGCAGACACAGUCCCAGCAGCAAGGCCAGGAGGCCGAGGGUGCUCUGGCCUCCAAAAGCAAGAAGCCAUGUGUUCAGUACCUGCCCCCUGAGAAGCCUUGUGACAGCCCUGCCUCUUCCCACGGCAGCAUGCUGGACUCCCCAGCCACGCCCUCCGCAGCCUUGGCCUCACCGGCUGCCCCUGCUGCAACCCACUCGGAGCAAGCGCAGCCCCUCUCCCUCACCACCAAGCCAGAGACCCGGGCCCAGCUGGCCCUCCACUCAGCUGCCUUCCUGUCAGCUAAGGCUGCAGCCACCUCCUCUAGCCAGAUGGGCAGCCAGCCCCCACUCCUCUCCCGGCCCCUGCCCCUCGGGUCCCUGCCCACAGCUCUGCUGACUUCUGCCCCGUCCUUCCCAGGCGCACUCCAUGCCCACCAGGCCCUCCCAGUACUCCAGGCCCAGCCUCUUUCCUUGGUCACCAAGUCUGCCCACUAAGCUGCCCCCUGACCUCUGCAGGCUGUCAGGUGACUCACUGAGUAGUAAUGAUUCAGAAGAAAAAAAAGGAAACUUUAUUGGUCAAUAUUUGACCACUCUGGACUGCUCUGUAAAGUGCCUGGUAACCAUAGCGCUUUACGUUUUGUAGAUGUAACCAGUAGCUGAUGUUAAGGCUUUUUUUUAAAAAAACAGAACAAAACAAACAAAAAAAAUUCUUUAAAAGAAAGAGAACUGAAAAGUAGUGUGUUCUUCCUGUAUGUGCAGUGGCAGAUGGACCUGGGCAGAAGACACCUUUCUGUCUUUCUCUUUUCCUUCCUGCCUUUCUCUCUCUUCACAUUGGGGCCCCCACGCCCCCACCUCCCCCACCUUCUCCCACCCAGACUGCAUGUUGGCCCUUGCUGCAAAUUCUAGCCUCUUGCCUCUUCAUCUGGAUCCUGUUCCCGGACAUUUCUCUUUAUCGCACUCAGAUUUUUCUCCUUGGCUCAACUCUCGGUUCUCACCUUCAUCUGUUCCAUCCUCUGCCCAGUGUACGGCUGUCACCAGGUGAGGAGACACCUCCGCCUGGUUUGUCUCCACCAGCAUCCCCUUCCCCUCAGUGGGCCCUACCCACCAGCCUCCAGUUUUUGGUGGGGAAAGAGGUCCUCUGAAAUGGUUCUUCCCCACAUUGAACAGGGACUCAAGGUGCCUGCCACUUCCUCAGCGAAGUCCACGUCCCACCUGUUGCCAGUCGCGGUCUCCCCCUCACAUCCCAGGAUGGCAGGCAGGACCUGGCUGCAUGGCCUGGCUCCUGUCCCCUGGGUCAGAGCUAGCACAAUCUGCCAAAGUUUGAAAGGCCCUCCUCCCUCCCCCCAUCACCUCACAUGCUUCUUCUGUGUGUAUUUUUUUGUUUUUACGGGGUUUUUUGGAGCAAUUUAAACUCCCAGUUGUUUAUUUUCACAAAAGAAAAAUAAAAUUGCAGUUGCAAGAC